AUGACUCUGGAGUCCAUCAUGGCGUGCUGCCUGAGCGAGGAAGCCAAGGAAGCCCGGCGGAUCAACGACGAGAUCGAGCGGCAGCUGCGUCGGGACAAGCGGGACGCCCGCCGCGAGCUGAAGCUGCUGCUGCUGGGCACAGGAGAGAGUGGCAAAAGCACAUUUAUCAAGCAAAUGAGAAUCAUUCAUGGAUCAGGUUACUCUGAUGAAGACAAAAGGGGCUUUACAAAACUGGUGUACCAGAAUAUAUUUACAGCAAUGCAGGCCAUGAUCAAGGCCAUGGAUACCCUCAAAAUCCCAUACAAGUGUGAAAAUAACAAGGUUCAUGCACUGUUAGUUCGAGAAGUUGAUGUAGAGAAGGUGUCAAGUUUUGAGAACCCAUAUGUAGAUGCAAUAAGAAGCUUAUGGAAUGACCCUGGAAUUCAGGAGUGUUACGAUAGACGACGGGAAUAUCAAUUAUCAGAUUCAACUAAAUACUAUCUUAAUGACUUGGACCGCAUAGCUGAUUCCACCUAUCUGCCAACCCAGCAGGAUGUGCUCAGAGUUCGAGUCCCAACAACAGGGAUCAUUGAAUAUCCAUUCGACUUACAAAGUGUCAUUUUCAGAAUGGUGGAUGUAGGAGGCCAACGAUCAGAAAGGAGAAAAUGGAUACAUUGCUUUGAAAAUGUCACAUCUAUAAUGUUCCUAGUAGCUCUUAGUGAAUAUGAUCAAGUGCUUGUGGAGUCAGAUAAUGAGAAUCGAAUGGAAGAAAGCAAAGCCCUCUUUAGGACAAUUAUCACAUAUCCAUGGUUCCAGAACUCUUCAGUUAUUCUGUUCUUAAAUAAAAAAGAUCUACUAGAGGAGAAAAUUAUGUACUCCCAUCUAGUUGAUUAUUUUCCAGAGUAUGAUGGACCACAACGGGAUGCACAGGCAGCACGAGAGUUUAUCCUGAAGAUGUUCGUAGACCUGAAUCCAGACAGUGACAAAAUUAUCUACUCUCACUUCACAUGUGCUACAGACACAGAGAACAUCCGCUUCGUCUUUGCUGCUGUCAAGGACACAAUCCUACAGUUAAAUCUGAAGGAAUACAACCUGGUCUAACUGUACCUGGGGCAUCCUCCAAAACCAACUUUCCAUGAUUGAAGACAUACAAGAGGGACUGUAUUAUAAUCUGUGAAAACAAUUUGCAUAAUACUAAUUUAUUGCUGGCCUGGACUCUGUGAAUGUCCACAGAGUUUGUAGUUAAUAUUAUGAUUUUAUUUAAAGUAUAUAGAGGAAAAACAAAAGAUGCUGAAGUACAUUCACAGCACAUUUCCUCAUUUUUUAGGCAAAACCAUGUGACUCAAUAUGUUUCAAAUUCUCAGUCGUACAUUUACAAAGGAUAGCAGUUUUUUGCUAUUGAAGCAAAAUCAAGCUGGUUUCCUCUUUACCUAACCCUUUCUCUCCCCCUCCUUUCCUACUCCCCUUAUCUUUUAAAAGGUACAAUGGCCUUUUUUUUCCCCCAGUUGCAUUCCUGGGUGAAAUAUUUUCAGUUGAAUGAUUUGGUCAGGAAAACUCUAUCAUCACAGUUUAAGUCAUCAGUCAUUCUAAUUCUACAGUGUGUACUUUCUUUGAAGGAUCAAAAAGUAUUGAUACUGUGAUUUUUAAAUUCUUUACAUGGGUGUCUUCAUCUGUCUUCACUUCUGAGACUAGAAUAUUGGGUUUGCAAAAUAGAAUUACAGUUGUCUAAGGAUAAUAAAUGUAACCAAGUUUUACAGUUAAGGAAGGUGCACAGAAGACAGUAAUGAAGUAAUUAAGACACAGUCUGAGAUAUACAUGGAAUAUGUUAAAACCUCUUUUUAAUUGCCAUGUGCCAUUUUUUUCUCUCUUCUUUUAUUCACAAAUGCCAAAUAGAAAAGUCAUAGACACUACAUUUUCCCCAGUGGCUGCAGCCUGAAACAAUGUUUUUUUCAGUUGUGUGGGGUGUUUUUUCUUAAGUUAGAACUUUUUUACGUGUUUGUUUUCCACAGUAGAAAAAAUAUUUUUAUUGUACAAAAUCCGUGUUGCCAAAUCUGGCUUUUAUGAAACCAAUGCGCUUGAAACAUAAGAUGCUGAUUGAAAUGCCAAAUGGAUGGGUUGGGAACUGACCUGAUUGAAUCAACUGCCAAAUGAUUAACAAACACAGUUUCAGCUCAUGUGUUCCCUUUUUUAGAAAGUGUACCAUUUUCUAAUGCCAAAACCAACAUGUAAGUGAAUAUUCUAUAAGGUGUACCAUGCACCCGCAUGUAGUCUAGUAUCUCUCAUUUUGUAAGUUAUGACAAGAGAUUGUUUUCUGUAAUAAUGUCAAGGCACCUUCAGUUGUGUUACAAGAAGUUAUUGAUGAGAGAUCACGUUCAGGAACCUUUUUUGAUAAGGUUAAUUGUUAAUUGAUUCACAGGCAUUUGAUAGGCUUUCAUGCAAAAUAGCCUUUCUCGGUGUUCUUUAGAAGAGAUUUAUAAAUGUAAAUUAAGCAGUGAUAAAAUCAUUCUUGAAAUUUAAAUGUGCAAUUUUUACAACAAAAGUGCAGCACACAUUGAUGAGCCUUUAUUCUGCAGCUUAGGUUGAAAGGUUUUUUCAUCAGGUGCAAGAAAACUCUAUGCAGAGUUCAAACAUGUAAUUGGAUUGAUUAUCUAUGAUGCCAACUGGCACUAGAGUGCACUUAACACAAAAACAGCUGCCACAUAGCAGCAGAUGGGAGGUGAAAAAAAGAAUGGUUUAUUAGUUGAUUACCAAAGUUAACAAUAAAUACUAAAUAGAUAUUUUUCAUCCUUAACCCUCCCAAAUCCAAAAGAAUGAUAAGAACAGUUGCUAUUCUUUGCUCCCUCUUAAAACACUUUGUAAUUUAAAACUGGUUGUAGGUAUAGUGCAAUUAUGAAUGCUAUAAUCAUUGUACAUACAUAUAUAUAUAUAUAUAUAUAUGGCAGCAUCCAUAUUGGCUUUGUAAUCAUUAAUUUUUGGCAAAUUGAAUGUGCUGUAUUGAUAUGUAUCUAUGUAAUUGUAUUGUAUGUCUUAUAGCUAAUUCACAUUUCAAAUAAUGUUAUUUUAUUUACUUUUUUAAGAGAGAAGAAUGUAAAUUUUGUCAGUUUAUUUCUGACUAGGGAUUUGUUGUUGUUUUUAUUUACAAAAGAAAAUACUGUAGUACAGAGCGGUACUAGCAUCGUGCUGUAAAAUCAUUUGCACAUUCCUGAGUAGAAGUAAAUUGGAGACACCAAGACAGAGAUGAUUCACAUUCUAAACAAUGCUCAAGUCUUGUCAGGGCUUUAUACAGCUGUAGAAAACAAUCCUAUUAGAAGAAUUUAUGCUAUCAUGUCUCAUAUUGGAAGAUAAACUUUAAAUAGAAAUUUAAUUUUUUAUUUGACUGAUUUGCAUUAGGUUACUUUCACUUUUCUGCUGGUUUUAUUGGAAAAGUAAAUUCAGAGAUAUUUCAAACUGCUGUACCUAAGUACUAACGCAUAUAUGCUGUUGCCCUAAAAAUACCAUGAUAAAACGCAAAACAUUGGAUCAGUCUUUCAGAAACUGUGGAAACCUUAGAUAUAAAAACAACAACCAAAAAGUCACUAUUGUUAAUGAUUUUAAGAAGGUGAAGUGUUUUAUUUAAUGAAGCUAAAGCAGGUAGAGAUCUAGUUUAUAAAAAGUGACACUGACAUUCUGAAUAGGGGAUCAGAGCAGUGACUCUUUCUUACAUACAGCUUAACAAAUUUGGUCCUGAUCAUGCUAUAAAUGCAACAGAGCUUCUGUUUUCACAGUUCCAUUGUUGAUAAUAUCCCUUUUUUUAAUCUGGGAAUACAUUGCCCACACUGGAUUCAGUGCUAUAAAUGGAACUGUAGCCAAAAAAGGAAGGAAAAAAAAAAAGAAAAAGAAAAAAAAAAAAAAAAAAAAAAAAAAAGACAAACACAACCCAACAAAAGUGUCUAACAAAAGUUUGGGGAUUUUUAAUUUGAUUUUUUUUUUUCCCCUUAUGGAAUAUUGGAUGGGGGAGAAGGAAAUGUGGUUCCAAGUUUUGUAUAAAAACAAAACAAAAGUUUACUCAUGCUUUAUAGUUAUAUUGUGAUUGCAAAAGUUUUCAAGAGUGUGUGCCACUGGGCUAUUUUCUGGUAUUUUUUAGGUAAGUUGAACCUGUGGCAAUGUUUAGCAUGUUCUGGGAAAAAAAAAAUAUUCGGUAUGCCAAGGCAAGCUUUAGAUGAAUCACCUAACACAGCAUUGCAGUAUGACAGUUUACAAAACAUUUUCUUUUUAAAUAACACAGCUGUUCCCACUUGUAGUAUAUUCCAUUGUGGUGAUGUUGGUGUUGCUGUUGUUUUAAUUGGUGAUUUCUACUAUGCCUUAUAGUGCUUAAGUCCAGAAGUUUGUGCCUCUAACAUGAAGCUGAAGGCAAAAACGUCAAGACAGAAACCCUUUUAACUUUGCCAAAAUGAUGUGUUUUCUUUGAAUGUUUUCAAUGGGGGAGGAGGGAAGAAAAUGUCUUGGGAACCUGUGUAUUCUAAAUGUUCACUAGCACAAGAAAGCUGUAAUACAUGUUUUACAGAAACCUGGAACUUGCCUUUUUCACAAAUUAACUGUCACUGUCCUUACAGAUGUAGGAUGAUGCAGCUAUAAGGGCAGUUUACUUUUUAUAAUUCAGUCUCUUUUGAUUGUCAAGGUGUAUGGACUGUACUUUUUAAUUAUACUGCCACAUGAUUGUGAAUCACUUUUUAAAGUCUGAAAAUGGAGAAGAGACUUUUAAUGCUGGAUAACAGUCAGAAUUGACUGCAUGAUUUGCAAAAACUACAGGGGGGAAAAGGGCUGCAUAUAGAUAUUGCUAGACUCCUAGCCUUGAGUUGUAAGGUGCAGAAGACUUUCAGAUUACUCAACCUCAUGACCCUUUCCUUGUUAAACAUUCUUCGCAAAAGAAUGAAAUAUUAGGAGAAAACAAAUACAUGUUAACCCACAUGAAAAAAAAUAAAAUUUAGACAUUUAAUUUAUUACAUGUGCUGCUAUUCUUGGAGCUCUGUGCAUAGCUACCCUGCAGACUAUUACAUUAGUAAACUAAUAAAGUCUUCACAGCAUAUUAACAAGGCCUACACAUGACCUACCUCUAGCUAAGAGAUUAGUAAAGUAGCUAUGUUUUGGAGAGACUGACAUAAAUAAUUUAGAAAAUUUAAAUGUCCUGGUAUUUAAUUAACUGUGGUAUUUUAGAAAUGGACACUUACAAAUAUGGUCCCUCUUUUGACAUAAACCAUAAAUUCUAGAAUUUAAUAGAUAUCAAACAACUAAAGCUUUUGCAGUUUGUUAGUUUAGUAGAAGUCUUGCAAAACAAUAGCUUUGGUUUGAGAAGUGGAGCUACUGGUAGUUCCUCUGUUUUGCCUUUUGGUUAUCUGUAGCAUUUUGAGUUCUGUCAGUCAAACAGGAAAUUUUUCUAUCUAGUCAAUAUAUUGGGGUCACAAUUUAGAUGAUGAAAGAAUUUUACUGUAGGUUUAUCUUGAGCUUUUUCACAGUAGCCAUGCUGCAGGUAAAUAGAGAAUAGAGAUUUUGAAAAGAGUGUCAAAAGAUACAUCAAGUUUAAUGUAAAUUAUUUGAAGUUUUUUUGCUGUCAGAAUACAGUUAAGCUGAUUUCCUCAUUUACCAUGCUGCAGGAAAUCCUUAAUUCACCAGUUCUUAAUAUUUUUAUUCUUUCAAGGAAGGAGUGUCAGAUGCAUUUUUAAACUUAAGAGUAUUUUAAAAUAAUAUUUGCUGUUCUUAAAGUGUCACUUAAAUGCAUGUAUUGUGUGUUGCUUGAGGGACAGAAAUAGUUUUUUCUUUAAAAACUAAUAUUGUACAGUUUCUGCCCCUCAAAAAUGUUGUUGGUUAAAAAUACAGUAUUUUUUUGGCCAUAUCUUCAUACUAUAGCAUCUUCAUUCCUUGAAAUUUAGUUUUUCUGGAACAUUUGGACUUAUUGUUCUCCCAAAAUGCUUCUUAUUAUGGUAAAUGCUGGAGAGAUUACUUCAAAAUUACUUUUUAAUGAUACAUGCUCCCAUCAUCACUGUGUAAAUACUACAAUUUCCAGAGUAUCUUUGUUACAGCCAGAUGUUCAAAACAUUUAGGCUGUGUUACAGUGGAGAAGGUAAUUCAACAGUAUUAUAAAAAGUUUGGGUUUUUUUUCACUUGUGUACAAUGGAAACUCAGAAGCAUGGGAGAAAAGAAAACCUAUGUCUCAGGACAAGAAAACCCAGACUUUGCAGACAGGAAAAUUUCUUAAGGAGUUUUGGAUGAUUGCAGUACUACUGCAAGAGUAGUGUGUUUCUUAGAUCUUUUUGUUCACCUAUGUCAUGAUUGGAGUAACAGAAAGAGGCCUAUGUGCUACUUUUCAGGAGUCUUGACUCUUACCUGGUCAACAAUCAGUGGAUCUUAGAUCAUCAUUACUGAAGAAACAGUACUUCAGGCAAGUUGCAAAAAUUAGUUGGUUCUCUAUUAAGUGAACAAAACAGUUGAGAUAAGAAUCCUGGAGUGCAAACCAUUUGCCUAAGCAAAGACAAGAGUGAAUUGUUCCUCAUUUUUCUUUCCAGUUGCAGAAUGUAUGAGAGGAGGAUCAGUCACUAGGGAAGGAUUUAUUUUAUGUCUUGUGUCUCGGUGAAGAUAACGUCAACAAACUACAAUGUCAUUGUGACCUUUAGAUAUGUGAAAUAGAAGUAGAAACUGUAUCUGUGUGAUAAGUUGUGCAUACUUCUAAUUAAAAUCUUACAUCAGAUGCUAUGAUAUCUCCACCCAAUUACCAAGCACUUUGCAGGAUAUUGUCCCAAACAUUUAGGAGUUCCAGAAUUUUUUAAAAAUGUCACAAAAUACACAAUUGCCACAUCCUCAGGAGCACACACCUGGUAUCAGUAUCUGAUACAAAGGCACCAGACCCCCUCUCACAGCUCAUUACUAUUAAAAGGAGCUACCCUCCAAGACCUCUGAUCCUGGUUUUUAUCUGCUCGGAGCUUUCCCUCUCCCUUAUGUCAGCCCUGCUGCUUUGUCAAUGAACUGGGUGGGGGAAAAAAAAAAUCUUACUUUUGCUCUUCUUGCUUGGCUGCUUAAUUACUCUAAUUUUUAGGGGUUUCAGCCAGUUUGGCUGACCAAUGGUUCAAAGAAGUGCUAAGCUGACCAAGUGGAAGGGGUAGAAUUGUGUGGCCCAAAGGCUUAGAAAUGAGGAAAAAAGGGAGUAAUGCUUUCCUCCCUGAAAACCUCGUCCUACUGCUGUAGUUUCUAAACCCUUCAUUUUAUGUACUGUUAGCUAUUCUGGCUUGGAAGUGUUGCACUUUUCAUUUUUAAAGGCCUUGAUUGCAUACUUAUUCUGAAAGAAAAAAAUAAAGGAAAUUACAGAACAAGGAAAACUCUUUCUUGCUCCCCUUUAAGAAGCACAAGUUUCUGUAUACAUGGACUAAAUGCAACUGUAGUCAGACUGAUGACUGAUGCCAAGAAGUCAAACUUAGUGUUAAGGAUGGAAAAAUACAAAAAUUGGACUUUUAUUCAUCCCACCCAAAAAAAAAAAAAAAAAAAAAAAAAAAAAAAAAAAAAAAAACCCAAAAAAAAAAAAACACCACAAACACCAAAGCAAAACAAAAAAAGCCCCAAACAACCCAAAAUUUGUUCUUUUCCAGUAAGCUCUAAAAAGAAAAUGUUUUCUAUCUUUAUUUAAAAUACUGUGUUGCUAGGCAUGACAUUCAGGUUUUAUUGUGUCUUGUCCAGGGCACUUCUUUCUCCAUUCACACUUAUUUAAUAUCACACUCAUUAAUCUAAAGAAAGUACAGUAUUGCUUUAUAUAUGUGCACUCUGAAAUACUUCCUGAUCCUUGUGAAUUAAAUUGGUCUGGUGAAAUUCAACAACUGAUGAUGUGUAGUACAGCUGAAGAGGAAUGCACUUUCUGCUUAAUCUUCUUCUUCCUGCUAUUUUGUUUUGAGUAGUUUUUGGUAUCUUUCCUUUAUCCUGUUUGCCACAAAGAGAAGGUUUCUUGACAUACCAGAUUCAAUUCUGGUAGUCAUUGCAGAGUUGAUCAUACUGGCUGCAUUAAAGACAAAUCGUGAAUAAAAACAGUUUCAGAAGGUUCCUGUAAUCAGGGGCAGAUACAAUUAGCCUUUUGGACAUGCAUUUCAGAAAACUAUAACACUAUAGUUGGAAUACAAUCACUUGAAUGAUGUAGUAGGCAAACACGGGCCAAAUUUUGCCAUUUUAGUAUGUCAUUUUGCAUUGUCAGUAGAGAGCUGUUUGCUAAGAUGUUGCUGAAAAUUUGCCUUUUUUCUGCAGUGCUGUAUGAGGUGGUUAAUGCAAUGAUCAGGCUGGCACUCAACUGAAGAGAUGCAUUAAUUUGACAAUAAGUUCAAAUGUAUUCUUACAGAGACUAUUGCAUAAGAUUACUUUAUAUGAUGCUAACAACAACAACAAAAAAAGAUACUUGCAUGCAGUAAAUAUUUAAGAUAUUGCACUUUUAUACAUUUAUUAUAAAGAGGAAUCACUCUCUCCCUAAAAAUAAAAUUCUGUUUAUCUCACAGUGAAGUAUCUGGAGUCUCUUAACAAUUGUCAGUUACUUGAGCACACAAGUGUGUUUAUUGUAUACUAGAUGUUAAUCUGUUGUCAUAUGCUGCAGAAUACUUGGUUUAUUUCAAUUGCUGAUUUUGGAAAGGCAAAAUAAUGUUUUUAAUAGUA